CAGCUGAAGAAAACCCAUUACGAGCGUUUUCAGUGCGUGAGUGCGCGUCGUACUUGUAGACCUCUACAGCAGGGCGAUUUUGCGCGUUCCCGUGAACUCGGUAUCGAAAACAAAGCUGAACGUCUUCCAUAUCAGCUAGGGGAGCAGGCGAGAGGAUCAUCCGAAUUUAUUCUGGAAACAACAGACAGAAUAUGGAUUUACAGUGGGUGUAGCAUCGUAAAAGACCGAGCCUUCUCGGCUGGGGGACGGAAGGACAUUAGCGAGACCGACGAAAAUACAAUUUUUAUCCUUUUUUUUGUUCUCGGAGUGCUUUGUCUUGUCCACCUAACGAUACUAGCAAACCAUCAUUCUCCUUUCAAUUGCCACAAAUUCAGCUAGUGAUCACUAGCUGCUGCCGGGAUGUAUCAUCACCAUGUUAUCACCUAAAAGGGGUAACUAGAACGUCGAAUUUCGACAGGAUAAGAAGUAACCCUCUCCUAGGUCCCAACGGGUUGCCACCGGGACUUGAAUCUGUGUUAGCCACAGCCGAGGAACCAACUCUUUUCGGCGAUAUGGCGGAGCAAGGCUACUCAUCUUGGGCAUACUCCCUUGUCGACUCCAGCCAGGUGUCCACCUUCUUGAUCUCCAUUCUUCUCAUCGUCUAUGGCAGCUUUAGGUCAUUAAAUAUGGAUUGUGAGAACCAGGAGAAAGAUAAAGAUGGCAACGUUUCAACAACAGGGUCUUUUAAUAACAGCAACACAAACAACAGCAUUCAGACUAUAGACUCGACACAGGCCCUGUUUCUCCCAAUAGGAGCCUCUGUAUCUCUGCUAGUCAUGUUCUUCUUCUUUGACUCUGUACAAGUGGUCUUCACCAUUUGCACUGCAGUUCUCGCUACAAUUGCAUUUGCAUUCCUGUUGUUGCCAAUGUGCCAGUAUCUGACCAGACCAUGCUCCCCACAGAACAAGAUUUCCUUUGGUUGCUGUGGACGUUUCACUCUGGCUGAGCUCUUGUCCUUCUCGCUCUCUGUACUGUUGGUGCUCAUCUGGGUGCUGACUGGGCACUGGCUUCUCAUGGACGCUUUAGCCAUGGGCUUAUGUGUGGCCAUGAUAGCGUUUGUUCGGCUCCCCAGUCUCAAGGUGUCCUGCCUGCUGCUGUCAGGUCUGCUCAUCUAUGAUGUGUUCUGGGUGUUUUUCUCAGCCUACAUCUUCAACAGUAACGUGAUGGUUAAAGUCGCCACUCAACCUGCUGAAAAUCCAAUAGACGUGCUUUCCAGGAAGCUGCACUUAGGCCCAGGGAUGGGGCGAGAUGUACCACGCCUUUCCUUACCAGGAAAACUGGUCUUUCCCAGUUCUACAGGAAGUCACUUCUCAAUGCUGGGAAUCGGAGACAUCGUAAUGCCGGGGCUGCUGUUAUGUUUCGUCCUGCGUUAUGACAACUACAAGAAACAAGCUAAUGGUGAAGUACCGGGACCGGGUAACAUGUCCGGACGCAUGCAGCGCGUCUCCUAUUUCCACUGUACCCUCAUCGGAUACUUUGUUGGACUCCUGACUGCCACCGUGGCUUCUCGGAUCCAUCGUGCAGCUCAGCCUGCUCUACUCUACCUGGUUCCCUUCACCCUGCUGCCUCUGCUCACCAUGGCCUACCUGAAGGGGGAUUUGCGGCGCAUGUGGUCAGAGCCUUUCCACACAAAGGCCAGCAGCUCUCGCUUCCUGGAGGUAUGAUGCACCUGGAGAUGAACAACCAGCGCGGAGAAGACUGCUGAUCUUUUCCCUUCACCAUAGGGAAGGAGACAGGGCACACUCAGUGAGGCCGUGUCGUCAUCACUUGUUCAUGCUUUCCACUAAACUUCUGUGAACCCCCCCCCCCCCCCCCCCCCUUCCCCCAGAAGGACACUGGUGUGAGGAUCAAUGCCCCAACAUGGCUCAUCAACGGUCCCCGCAUCGUCGCUGUUUUCAUCUCCACGCCCCCUUUUUCUGUUUAUGUUCUCCUCAUUAGAGCACAUCCUGUCUGUGCCGUUUUUGAUCUGGUCCCCGCCCUGUCUUCUUUUUUCUGUAAAUCAUCUUGUUCCCCCCCCCCCCCGUCCCCCCCCCCGUCAUGGUCGGUGCCACUCAUCAGGCCUCCUUUUUUUUUUAUAAAAAUUUUUUGGAUCUCCUAUUCACCUGCUUUCCACAACUAAGCUCAAAGACUAGGCCUCCUCUCUCUUUGUGGACUUACGGUUGUGAGACACCCCGGGGGGGUUUAUACAUAUUUUUUUAAGAGUUGUUGUGGUCCUUAUACUUAAAUUUGUUGAACCGAAUGAAGACAACUGGUUGGUGCCCCGAAGCAGAGCGACACACAGGAGAGGAGGGCUCCUCGUUGUCCACCGUCCUCCUCCUGUUUUCUACUUCAGUUCCAUCUCCUCCCUGGCGGUCCUGACGCCCCCCAUCCUCCUCCUCUGUUCAUCUGCUGUCUUCACACACACACACCCCUCCCCCUCUUUACAGAAAAACUAUGUAUUUUAUUUAGAAAAGUUUUAUUCUUGGCAUAUACAGAAAUGAUGCAUUAUAAAUGGUUACCCCCCCCCCCUUCAGAAAAAAAGACGGGUUGUGGGGUUAGAUUCUAUUUGUAUAUAUGUGUACACAUGUAUUUGCGGUAUCUUGAGUUUGUAUUUGUGUUAGGAAGCAUGUUGAAGCGGGGUGGGAAACUGACGCCAGCCAUCAGCUGGACUUUGGUGAAAUGACUUCCAGUCAACAAGCGAGUGUCCGUCAUUCACAGGCUGUUUUCAGGCGUCUGUUUGUUUUUUGUUUGUUUGUUUGUUUUAAUAGGAGGGAGCAUUGUUGAUGGUGACUGACAGUUUCCUGCUCCUGUGUACAAAUGUGUGUGAGUGAGUGUGAGAGCGAGAGAGCGAGCGGUUUUUAACUCUGUUCCUUUGAAUCGUGUCCAUGUGGGAAGCGGUGACGCCGGUCAGGUUUGCAUUGAGCAGUUCCAUCCCAGGAUGUCACACCAGCCGAACUGGAAUGCUGUGUGUCUGCCUUUAAGAAACAAAGAAGCUUAACAGGAGCCUAUUUUUCUUUUAAUUGGUUUCUCUGCAGAAGGCAAAAACAGCAGUAUUGAGCAUUUCCCUAGUGUUGAUUUUUCGGGGUGAGUCUGUUUGGCUUUGAUACGUCGUCAUUCGUCGUCCUGAUAAAACAGUUGCUCACAUCUUAAAUUUAAGCCCAACUUUGGCCACAAGAAACACUAAAGGUUCAAAAAAAGAUGUAGGUUUUUCGGGGUUCGAAAUAUGCUUCACAACAUUUCAGUUCAUUAAACCACGUCUCAAUUUUCUAAAUGUUAGUGCUUCACCUCGGCUGAUACCAGCUGAACAUUUGUGAUGGUGUAAAUUCAGGGUUGGGAUGUAUGGAUUUCGUCUCCACAUAUAGUUUCUGCUUGGACCUCUGGAGGGGGAAUCCGUCUUGCCAUUUCAAACCCUGAAAUUUGAGCGUGCAGUGAACCCAGCGGAUGUUUUUACUGUUACAUUUGGUAUCCAGCAGUGAGUGCACGGCAGAACACAGACGGUGCCGUUACCUGUCUUUUUUUUUCUUUCUUUUUCUUCUUCCAAUUGUAUUUUUUUUUUUUUUGCUAUGUGGCCAUGCAUGAUAAAUGUACAGUGUAUGAUUUCAUAGGUUGCAUUAACAGGGCUGCUGCAGUCCUGAGCUCUGCUGGCCAGCGCAGACGCACUGGAUCUGUGAGCUCGCCACUGCGCCACAGGCUCAGAACGGUUGCAGUCGGCACCGACUUCACAGACGGACAAAAGGCUGAUCUGAUUACCGUCAGGUUUCCGACCUCAAACAUCAGAACUAAUCUGACGUGGAACCACGAACGCCCUUCACCUCUUCAUGGACAUGGCAAGAAAUUGUAAAGCUGUAUGCAUAUAAUAUUUUAUAACAUAAGAUAACAUAUUAUAUGCAUAUAUAAUAUGUUUGUGUGUAUAUACAUAUAUAAAUAACAGGUGAUGAUCACAUUGAUGAAGUUUUUUUAUAGAAAAUUGUUUUAUUUUUAGCCCCUUCGUUUGUAUUUUUGUUUUCUCUUACGGUUUUUUUUCCCCCCUCUUCCCCUCCACCAGCAGAGCACUUCAGCUCUGUCGGUGCGUUGAUAUUAUGGCUGAAUGGAUUCUGUAUAGAGAAAUGGUGAAUAAAUAAAUUAAGAACUGUGUAGUGAAACAUGGAUCCUGAAGCGCUUGAUCUGAACCAGACUUUUAACCCUUCUUUCUUCAUCAGUUCCUCCUCCUCCUCCUUCAGGAUUCUGCUGUAAAUAAACAUGACUCUAACUGUAA